AUGGUUUAUUGCGCAUGCGUAGCAUUCAUUUUUCCGUUCGGUUUUCAUUCGAAUAAAAAGAUGGGGCCGCAGCUGUCACCUCUGUUAGCGGCUUUUUCAUUCGUUCCCAUUUUGCAUCAGUUCUCUUCUCUUCGUGUUGCUGCACUGAUUACGAUUUCGCUGCGAAGAAUAAUGGUCGGCGGACGGCCUCGCGAGUCACGAUUUGUGGAACGGAUGCGUCUCACACUGAACAUCUUCAAGUUGUUCCAGCCAGCAGCUCAAUCAAUACCAGCCAGCAGCUCAAGUUGCUCCUACAAGCAGCUUAAGCAAUACCAGACAGCAGCUCAAGUUGUUCCAGUCAGCAGCUCAAGAAAUACCAGGCAGCAGCUCAAGUUGUUCUUGCAAACAGCUCAGUCAAUACCAGGCAGCAGCUCAAGUUGUUCUUGCAAGCAGCUCAGUCAAUACCAGGCAGCAGAUCAAGUUGUUCCUGCAAGCAGCUUAAGCAAUACCAGACAGCAGCUCAGGUUGUUCCAUCUUCUUCUUCUUCCGCUCCAUCCUCUCUCUUCCUGUACUAAUCAUCAUAAUCAACAUCUCUUUCUUUUUCAUACCAUUCCUCAUCUUCUUCUUCUUCUUCUUCUUCUUCUUCUUCUUCUUCUUCUUCUUCUUCUUCUUCUUCUUCUUCUUCUUCAUAAUCACCAUCAUCACGCGCAUCUUAAUCUACUUCUUCUACGUACCAUCAUGAUCAUCAUCUUCUUCCGGUUUAUCUAUUUACCUCCUCCCACUCGUAUAUUUUCCUCUUCCGCUUUCCCUCCCUCAGUGUUCCUCAUGCACACCCGCCUUAUAAUCCUCGUUGUCUUUCUCCUCCCCUUCCCCUUACCUUUUCAAUGUAUUCUUCUGCAUCGUCAUUGUUUUCCAGCUAUUUUUUUUUGCUGCUCUAUUUCUUCUUCCGCCCAUAAAUUCUUCCGGAAGAAUACCCGGACCAAGGUCGCGUAUUUUAAGAAUUUAAAACACCAAAGUAGGGAAAAAAAAGAAGAAGAAAGAAUCAUUAAUCCGAGAUUCGAACAGAAUCCGAGAGGAAGUCGUCCAUCUGGGCUUCAGAGAGGCUUUUAUCGUGACCUUGUUGUUGGAAAAUCCAAACUCACUCUCUUCCUUAUCCUUUGA